AUGAAGAGCAGUGAUGUAGUGCUAAUUUCGUUACUGAGUAUAGGCGCUGUGGCAGUUUUGUUCGCUGUAGCUGCUUACCUUUAUAUAAGAAGAAGGCGACGGAAGAGGGAAGACGAUGAAGAUGGCACAAGCUGUGCUAUCAGCGAGCAAUAUCCACCACGUAAUCGUUAUGCUCGCAAAAAUAAAGACAAUUCGUUCAAAUUAAAAAUGCGGAAGAAAAAACGGGAAUUAAUAAAAAAUCUACGUAUAGCCAAAGCUCUAGGCGACAAUCACCUUAGUCAUCAACUAGCUAGGGCGUUAAGGUCAAUCCUUAAAUUAAUCCAAGGAAUAUCGGCGCAAACUGCAGAAUAUCGCGAUAAUUUUGACCGGGCAAAACAAGAAGUAGAUUUCGAUAAAAACCCUUUUGAGUAUUCGAAAACCAUUUUUAAGAAAGAACGCGGACAGCUUCUCUUGACCAACGAUCAAAUUUACGACCAUUUUAAGAGCACAUACGAAGUGCCUAAAAGUUUAAGACGGUAUAGGGAUCCAAACGAUCAAAAACCUGAAUUACCUCGAAUCGAAUUCCACGGCAUUCCACCAACGCUAGAGGAACUAAGUAGUCAGAUCAAGAGGAAGUCGUCUAAAUCUGCACCGGGACCCGAUGGUAUCCCAUAUAUAGUCUUUAAAAAAUGUGCAUCGGUUCGUAAACACCUCCUAAAUAUAUACGGUAAAAUCUGGUCAAGGAAGCAAAUCCCGGAGUGCUUCGGGAAAGCAAUUUUUGUCCUCAUUCCCAAAAAAGAUCGAGUUACUGAUCCGAAAGAUACUAGACCGAUAGCUUUAACAAAUACUAUAUCGAAAAUCUUUUUCUCGGUUCUACAAACGAGAAUGACGCGAUUCAUGCUCAGCAACAACUAUUUUAGGCCAAAUCACCAGAAAGGGUUUUUACCCGGGAUUUCUGGAUGCUUAGAACACAACACCUUGCUGUCGGAGAGUUUAAAAGAUGCUAGAAAAAGCGAGCGGCAAAUCACUGUUUGUUGGAUAGACUUGGAGAACGCGUUCGGGUCGAUACAACACGAAUUGAUGCUAUUCGCGCUUAGAUGGUACAACUUUCCACCCCUAGUUAGAGAUAUGAUCGCGUCGUAUUACUCAAAAUUAAGGUUUUCUAUAAUAACUAAAGAAGGCCCUUCAAAAAGUUUGAGUUAUAAUGUAGGACUGUUUCAAGGUUGUUGUCUAUCUCCAAUUGCGUUUAAUAUCGUAAUUAACAUCUUAGUAGACAAAUUAAUCUGUAACGAGAAAAAAUGGGGUUAUCGGUUUAAGUUUAAUAAUAAAUACACGGAAUCCAUUUUAGCCUUCGCUGACGAUCUCGCAAUACUGACACGUAACCCCAAACACUGUCAGGUACUAUUGGAUGAAGUGGAUAAAUUCUGUGAGUGGACGGAUGGAUUGAGGACAAAACCCAGUAAAUGUCACUGUCUGUGUCUUGGUAGGCGGAAUACAAGAUACACCUCAUACGAUCCGGGACUAUCGUUAGGCGGUCAAUGCAUUUCUACGGUUACGGAAAAUGCACCAUUUAAAUUUCUCGGUCGUAAGAUAGAUAAUAUAGGCCGUACUCCAUCUUUAGAAGGAAUAGUAGAUAGCUUUCUGAACGAUCUUAACAAGUUAGAUGCAGGCGUCAUAAAGAUGUUGAAGUUGUGGCUCGGGCUCGCUCUAACGGCUGAUUCAUCGGCGUUAUUUAGGGGAAGCAAUAGUUUUGGGAUGAGUCUAAAAAGGCCAUCGGAGCUCUAUAAACACCUAAGAGUUUCCAAGAGAUAUAUCCUGGGGAAAUCCCAUGAUGACAUAGUGACAUCGCUCCCAAAAGAUGAAAAUGCCCCCGAAAUGAUAAAUAUAAGAUACAUGCAAUGA